AUGGUAAACAAGGUGGCGUCAUCGCCACGGACCCUUCGCACUGAGGACAAACCCGCUGCCUGCUGCCUGCUGCCUCCCUCACUGAGGCAGAGCAGCCGCUAUAUAAAGAGCUCCCAGAGACAGGAGCGCACAGUGCACAGUGGACAGCUUCAGUGGACAGCUUCAGUGGACAGCUCCGUGGUGCUGAACAGAUUCUCUCUCUCUCUCUCAGUCUCACGCACGGCGCGGUGCGUGACUCGAACCAUGGACGGAUCCUCGUGGAAACUUUUUCUACUUUGUUGCCUGCUGGUUGCGGAGAGCUCCGCGCAGGACUUCGGACAGACGCAGUUUAUUUGCACGUCGGUGCCCAAGGAUAUGGACCUGUGCGCGGCCACGAUGCAGAACAGCGGUCCGGCGGAGGACCUGAAGACAACGGUGAUGCAGCUGCGGGAGACCGUGCUGCAGCAGAAGGAGACCAUCAUGAACCAGAAGGAGACCAUCAGGGAACUAACGUCCAAGCUGAGCCGCUGCGAGAGCCAGAGCCUCCCGGCGGCGGCGGGACCCGGAGGGAGACGGCCGGGGGUGAAGAACACCAUGGGGGACGUGUCCCGGGGGACCACGGACACUCUCACCCAGCUGGGACACACGCUACAGACUCUCAAACAGAGACUGGAGAAUCUAGAGCAGUACAGCCGAGGCACCAACAACACGGUGCAGGCGAACAGCCUGAAAGACCUGCUCCAGAACAAGAUCGACGACAUGGAGAAGCAGGUUCUGUCCCGGGUCAACACCAUAGAGGAGACCAAACCAGGCGCCAGGAACGACACCGAGCAGCGGAACCGAGUGGAGACCACGCUCACCUCUCUGCACCACCGGAUCACCGACCUGGAGAAAGGUAAAGACGGCAGGCCGACGGAUAAGUUCCAGCUCACCUUCCCGCUGAGAACCAACUACAUGUACGCCAAGGCCAAGAGGAGCCUGCCGGAGAUGUACUCCUUCAGUGUGUGUCUGUGGAUCAAGUCCAACGCGUCACCCGGCGUCGGGACGCCCUUCUCCUACGCCGUGCCGGGCCAGGCCAACGAGCUAGUGCUCAUCGAGUGGGGCAACAACCCGAUGGAGAUUCUCAUCAAUGACAAGGUUGCAAAACUGCCGUUCCUCAUCAAUGACGGGAAAUGGCAUCACCUGUGCAUCACGUGGACCACCCGUGACGGGAUGUGGGAGGCUUUCCAGGAUGGAGUGAUGCGGGGCAACGGAGAGAAUCUGGCACCGUACCACCCCAUCAAACCAGAGGGAGUACUGGUCCUGGGGCAGGAACAGGACACGUUGGGAGGAGGCUUUGAUGCGACACAAGCUUUCGUCGGCGAACUAGCGAACUUGAAUAUCUGGAAUAGAAAACUUUCUAUCGCGGAGAUCUACAACUUGGCGACCUGCAACAGCAAAGCACCGGCUGGCAACGUCUUCUCCUGGACGGAGAGCAACAUCGAAAUAUUUGGCGGGACGACCAAAUGGACAUUCGAGCCUUGCCGUUCGCUCAACUGAACUGCAGUUUACCGUCCAAGAAAGGCCUCUCUGUACUUCUGAGCUUUUGUCGUUCUGUCUUCAUUUGACGUUUGUUAGAGACUAUUUGAGUUGUUGGUAAGCUUAAAUCUGGGAUUUCUAUCAUUCUUAGGUAUUUAUGUGCAAAACAACACUUUUCAUCUUGAGGAAAAAAAAAAUCGUCUUGGAAACCUCAGUGAGAAAGUAUUGGUAUCUGUUUCUCCUUUUUUUCAUGUUCAGUUGAAAGCACACCUGAGCUUUUUGUUUUGGCUUAUUUCGACUUGGACUGGCACCUGGCAAUCUGCGCCUUAUGUUUGGACAAUUCACAAUCCAAGUGAGGAAUUACAUAACCGCUCCCACCCCCUUCCCUCUGGAAAGUGGGAGAUUACGCUGUCCAUCCAAUUCUUGUCAGUGUUUGGCGCUGUGAAGUGAUGUCUGACGCUGGUACAGCUCCCUGCAAACCAGCCCCCCAACCCCAAUCCUCCUUACCUUCACUCUGCCCCGCCCCUCCGGAACUUGCACUGUGACUGACGAAGAGAUCGCCAGGAGAGGAGGGUAUGUUGAAGGACACUGCAAAGUCAGACUGUGGUACAAGUCAAUUUGUAAUUGUCGUUCGCUUCAAGUGUUUCUGUAAGAAUGUCGUUAACUUGCCAACAUUGCUACGAAGCCUGGGUGCCUUGGGCUGGUACAAAUAUUCAGCACAUUCAGUAUGUUUUAAGUUGCAAAUUUCAGUGUUUAUCGGUUUCUGUUUUCCUUUCUGAGCUGGGUUGAGUUCCUUGUUUCUCUGGUAAAUGUAAUUUAAUUACAGUUUGUUAUCUGACAUGAUGUGUUUUGGCAGGUGUUUGUACUACUCUGUAUUAGGAAUGUUACAGUAUGUGUAUAGUAACAGCAUGAAUGACAGAGUGCUGUGAAAGCAUUGUUGAAAUCUGCUUUACUAUCUUCUCUGGGUCCGGGUUUUUUACUGUAUUGUUAUAUGCUCCAAGCAUGGCAAAACUGAGAGAUGAAGAAUUUAAUUUUUGUAAUAAAAUUGUGAUACUUAAUGUCA